GGAACAAUUUCAUUGACGGUAUUUUUUGAGUUAUUGACAUCUUCCUAGUUAAGGGACUUUAGGCCUUUAGGGCCUUAUACAUACGGUCUCUUUUCUUAUUAAUAGAUGAUGUCUUUUCCAUGGGCCUUAACUAUUAACUGGGCAAUGAAAUCGAACGGAACGCAAAAAUGCAACCUGAGCUCUGAUCUCCAGAUUCUGAUCAAGAUCCACCGUCUUCCUCCACCGCAACGCUUUUGACCGCCACUACUCGCCACCUAUCCACUGUCGGAUCUCCUAAAACCAUGACAAAGAAGAUCGACCAAAACACCGACGGCUUGCUCAAACUAAACAUGAUUAGCUUUACGAUUCCAAUUCUCUUCAGCCAUAAACUCGGUAUCAACCGUUACGGCUCCACUGUGUCUGUAGCUGCUGAUAAUCUUGCUGCUCACACAUCUGGCUCAGCUGAGAAUAGAACCGUAGAGAAGACAGCUUUUGAUGUGAAGCUGGAGAAGUUUGAAGCGGCGUCGAAGAUUAAGGUGAAUAAGGAGAUAAAAGCAUUUACGGAGCUGGGACUGAAAGGAUCCGGAGGCGAUGAGAAUCCAAGACGCACGACGAUCUCGGCAAUGUUUGAACAGCAGCCAGCUUUAAAAUCCGCUAGGAAAAUUCUUGAAUCCGCCAUCGGGUUGAUGCUUAACAGAGAGUGUUCUUUCCGAGAACAGAGAGGUGUAGUUGCUCAUCGCAUUCACCGAACACAUUUAUAGGCGAAGGUGCAAUCGGUUACCGUAGAUGAUGAUGAGGCUGAUUAAUUGCGAGAGAGUGGGAGGAGAUCGAAAUCACUUGAAUGAUUGGAGUAAUGCAGAGGAAAACAGAAACUGCAAACGUUACAAAGAAGCUGCUGGGAUUUGGUGAAUCUCGAACGGCACGGCAACUUUGUUAGCCUCCUCCCCCUAUUGAAAGAAAUCCAAAAUAAAUUCUGGUCAAAGUAUGAGGAAAAAAUUAGUGGGCCACUGAAUUUGACAUUUAAAAACCAAAUAGAUUGCAACGCGACGGAACAUUUUUUGUGAUUGAAGAGAGUGUGCCACGUGGCACAAUAUGAGAAUAGGAGA